AUGAAAAUCGUAGUAAUUGGAGCAGCACCAGUGGGUAUUGGAGUUGCAUAUCGUUUAAACGAUUUACAAAAGAGUGGAGAAGCUUCAGCCAACAUCAAGCUGACAGUUCUUGAGAAAGAAGCACGUCCAGGUGGACUGUCUAGCUCGGUAGUCGACGAAAAAGGUUUUACCUGGGAUUUUGGUGGACAUAUAACAUUUAGCGACAAAGAUUCUGCUUAUUACGACAAAGCGAUGGAAAGCUCAUAUAAAGAUUGGAAUAAAAUUGCCCGAAAUUGUCAGGUAGAUAUAAGCUAUAUGUACGAAGAAGAAGGAAUUCGGCUUGUUCCAUACCCGGCUCAGUUUGCAAUCCCAUUUUUUCCCAAACAGAUCAAAGAAGCAUGUACGAAAGAUCUCCGGCAACGAUACGACGUUAUUCAACAGAUGUAUAAUGAAUUACAGAAAAAUGAUAUCAUACCGGAAGAUUUUGAACAGUGGGUUUACAAACAUCUCGGGCCGACAAUUCGAGACGUAUUUUUCAAGCCUUAUUCUAGAAAGGUAUGGACCGUAGAGUUGGAAAAAAUGAAUCCAGAUUGGGUUGGGACUCGAGUAGCAAUGCUUCCGCGAGAAAAAUUUGAAGAACUCUGCAGUAUGGGACCGGAGGAAUUAACUGGUGCAGAUUUUGGAUGGGGACCUAAUAAGGAAUUUACUUAUCCUAAAUAUGGAGGUACUGGAGCUGUUUGGAAGAGUGUAACCGACACUUUACCGCAAAGCUGGUUUCACUAUAAUGCCGAAGUAAAAGUUUAUUUAAUGAUUAUUAUUCCGAUUGAAAUUUCUGAGCAAACUGUUACUGGUGUCGAUGCCGUCAAAAAACAGUUGGUUUAUAAACAAACAGAUGGCACGUGUUUGUCGGUCAAAAAGAUUGACUAUGAUGUACUGAUAAGUUCGGCACCAAUCGAGCAACUGGUCCGGUUUACCAGAUUGUGCCCAGAACCUAAACUAUUGCGUAAUAAGGUUUUCAUAGUCGGCGUCGGGAUGACACUUCCAAAACCGAAAUUUGUGGAGCCUUUUACAUGGCUCUAUUUUCCGGAUCCGAAUGUGCCCUUUUAUCGAGUAUCGUUUUUGUCUCGGUACGGUGAAGUGACUCCAGACAAUACAAAGUAUUGGUCUCUUUUAUGUGAAUGUGCCAAAAAAAUUGAAGAUCCAAUAACUGAAGAAGAAAUACGGGAACAGACAAUUAAUGGUCUGGUUACCAAGUCAAUUAUUAACAGGGAACAAAUUGUCAGUGUCUAUUCCACUCUUCUUCCUUACGGUUAUCCAAUUCCAAGUGUAGAGCGAGACAAUGAACUGUACAGAGCGCAUUUGGUGCUGGAAAGACACAACAUCUUUUCACGUGGACGUUUCGGGGGAUGGAAGUACGAAUGUUCUAACCAGGACCACUGUUUCAUUCAAGGCAAAGAAAUUGUUGAUAGAAUAAUUUUCGAUAAACCGGAGAAACUUUAUCAAAUUGGAUUGCCCUUACGGAGUGGUUGA